AUGGCCAUCCCCCCCAGCGGCAAGCCCGCAGCUCCCACUAUGGCACAUAGCGCUUCCGCUGAAGACGUCCUCAAUUCCGCCACCCCACAUUCAUCUACCGUGGUCCCAACCCCCGCGCGUCGGCGAGCGCAUCCCGCGCCCAGCAGCAGUCGGGUGCUUCAGCACCAUUACCCGCCCAAGGACAUCGAUACGCCAGUCGAGGAACCUUCCACACCCAUCGUCCACUCGGGACUGGCCGUCAGAGCACCCAUCGUCAUCCGUCCAUCAGGUCGUCCCGGCUUCAAUGCGCCCAAAGCCGCCACCUUCUUCCUCGGCAAGGAUCACGAGCGAUGGAGACAAUACGACCGCGAGCGCUUUUCCGGCAUCUUCAGCUGGGAGAGGGUAGCCAGCGCCAUCAGUGCUCACAGUCACCGUGGCAGUCGCGGCGCCUUCUCCUCGUAUUCGUCUGGCUCUGAUGAUGACCACAGCGACAGCGGCACGUCGUACCGCUCCAGCCGUUCAAGAUCCUCGCGCUACAGUGCCGGGUCUCGGAGUCGUCGGCCCUCAGAUGCUUUUACUCCUCCCAUGACACCAUUCGAUCUAACCCAACCCUCCUCUCGACCAAGACGCUUCUCCUCCAAUGGCCACGAAGCUGCUUUCCAGCGACACGAGACCGUGAUUGGCAUUCAUACACCGAGACGACGUUCGUCCGCCUCGUCAGAUGCACUGCCCUUCCUCCGUCCCCUUGCUCAGAUUCACCCUGCGAGCGGUCAUCCAAGCAGCGUCGAUGUCGCCGAUCCCGCUUCAAAACCUGUUGACGCCAAGGACGACACUCAGCAAAAGCCCAAAAAGGUCAAGCAUUCCAACGAAGAGCGACCAUCCAAAAAGAAGGACAAGACUUCUAUCGCCAAGUCGCAUGCACCAAAGCCCAAGGUUAAGGAUGCGCCAAUACCCAACAAGGCAGGGCCCCAUGCGAUGCUCGACCUCGACGAGGCCGCUCGCCCACACCUGCGCAGGCUCAGGUCCAACUUGCAAGAAGCCGCGGCGGCCGCGGCGGCCUCGACCGAAGCAAGCCCUGCUAUCCAAGAGGCCGAAGAAAGUUUGCACGAUGCAGUGGGCAUGCAUGUUUCGCUCUCGGAUGCGGCCCUCGAAGGCAAAGGCCCUUUGAGCGCCCAGGACCUGCGAUCGCUUCUGCCCACAGAUCGAACAUCGUCCACUUUCCUCUCUCCGCUUUCGCGAGGUGCCUCGCCACGCGCACCCCCGCUCAAGCUCGCAAAGCGCCUGCAGCCACAAACGGUCGAGGGCACUCUGUACGACAAGACGGGCCCCUACCGUGAAGGUGCAGUCUCGGAUGGCUUGAGCGUGAGGCUCUUCAGUGCUGAAGCCGAACCGCGCACCAGCUCGUUUGAGGAUGCGGAUCUCUCCAACUCAGAGCAUCCCGUCACCAAGCCCUGGGGUCGAAGAGGGUCCGGUAGCAGUUUUGAUCACGAUGACGACGAUGCCGUCUUCAUGCAGACCACGCGAAGAAGGUCCAAUAGCUCCGGCGGCGACAACCGACGAUUGUCUCCCCAGGCUUCCUUUACCGACGCUGGUGAUGCGCCAUCGGGCUCUGCCGUAGACGACGGCAGCAACAGCAGCCAGGUCUAUCUCAUCACGACGCCCGACAACCGUGUCUCUUCGGCGGCCAAGCUACGCAGAUGGGCCAUGGACAGUGCCGGCAACUUUUAUGCAGCCAUGGAGAUCAAGAGCAUCGAGGCAAAGUUGAGGGCUGCCGAUCCGUCGGCGGGAAAGGUGUCGCGCGAGCUCGCACAAGAGCUGGAAGAGACCUAUCUAGAUGAUAUUCUUGAUGAAGUCCAAAAAGCACAGACGCUCAACCCGACCCGCAGCGGUGCCGUCUCGAAGAUUCUCAAGACCGAAGAUGACCGAUACGUUCGUUUGGAGGAGGACUACCCCGAGGAAGCCUUCUUCGUCAUUGCAGGCUGCGAAGAAGCCGAGCUGAACGGCGUCAUCCUCAACGUCUUCGUGCAAGCCAUCCGCACACUCUCGCGCUUCCACGCUUCCGGGUGGAUGCAUGGCGAUGUCAAGCUCGAAAACCUCAUGUUUGACGAAAACGGAGAGCUGGUCGUGAUCGACUACGAGAACGCGAAUCCGUACCGAGGUAUUCCGGGCGGGGAUGGGCAAGUGCAGCUGGUCAGCUACGAUUGGAUCCCGCCUGAGGCAUGCCCCGGUCCGAUGGGUCGACGUAUGGGCCCGUCGGGUGAUCUGUGGGCGCUCGGGUGCAACUUGAUUCGUGCCUAUGCGCUGCGGGAUGGUGUCGAGGACGCAUCUAUUCGUGAAACGCUGUUGGGAAAGGGGCAGAAGGCGUUCCUGGACAAGAUGAGCAAGCUGGUGUCACGCAAGUCGCGAGAUACGGCGGGUAGUGUUCCCGCGGACGACUACUUUGCAGCUAAAUCAGUGGAUGGCAGUGAGGUUUCAGCAGGGGUGGCGGGAAUGCCCUGGGACAUAUUUGCGUAUCACGUCGAUCUCGAGCCCAUUCUCAACGAUACAGUCGUCGAAGACGAGCCUCUCUCCUCCUGCCCUCACGGUGGCACCAGGCAGACUCAGCCAGCGUGGGCCACCACCACCGCCUCCUCCGAUGCAUCAGGACCGAACACAGACGAAGGCUCCUCGUCCUGCUGCAACUCGUGCAUCAACGCGGCCACUCCCGAUAGCUCCUUCGCCGCUUCCUCCGGCCGCACAUCGCCGCGACUUGAGCAGUCGACACUGUCGCUCGCCCUGCCAACCCCCGCACGCCUGCUGUACAGGUUCGCGCGCUCCGCACCCGAACUGCUCACCUGGGUCCUCUCCCGCUGCGUGGUAGAGUCGAUCGAACAGCGCAACAUCGCCGAAGCCGAGGCAGAAGGAUUGCAGCUGGCCGAGUGGGUCGAGGAGCACAAGGCCGAGCUGAUGCAGGUCGGCAAGCAGGCCGUCGACGCCGCAAUCGAGUUGUCCGGAAGCGUAUGGGUCAGGCCUAGACUGGAUGAUGCGCGCAAAAGCUUGGGGCUGGAUUAA